AUGGUUGAUGUCUUCAAACUCGUGAGCCCUCCAGACGGAGACGAAUUCAGGAUCCCACUAAUUCUUCUGGAGUUAUACGCCUUCAUAAACAACGACAUCUGCGAAGGGAUCUUCCGAAUCAACGGCUCGUUGAAGAAGGUUAACCAGUACUACAAUUCCUUACACAGGUACCAUAGAUGGUUACCCGAGGCUAAUAUUUAUGAUGUGUGCUCCUUACUCAAGAAGCUUUUAACCACCAACUACAAAUUCUUUGAUAUAUCCAAGUUGGAUCUUGGGGAAUUGAAGGAAUUGUCUGACGAAAAGUUCAAUUGGGAAUACUUCAACCGGUUUAUGAACAACAACUUGAACUCAUUAAGUUUGCACAUCUUCAUGUAUACGAUAGCAUUCACCUCCAGGUUAUUGGACCACAGCGACAUCACCAAAAUGUCCUUGUUGAAUUUCUCAAUCAUUUUCCAGCCCAUUUUCUUUUCCUGUGACAGCUUGGUGGGUUUGCCCAACUACAUCAACUUGCUCAACUUUUUGUUGAAGAACCAUCAGAAAAUCGACAUUGAUCAAAGUUUGAUUGAUUCAGACUUUAAACUUGCAUUAUCAGAGUCAUCUGUUGAAACUGACUUUACGGAUAACUCGUCCUUCUUUUACCGAUUUAAAAGUUUCAAAAACAAAUCCAUCGACUCUAUUAACGAUAUUGGCCGCAAAAUUCCUUUCAGCAAUGAUAUCACCUUUAAGGGCUACCGCUUCAACAACAGAUCCGUUGAUAUGGUGUCCUUCUUGAAGGAUAACCGGGAUUCUUUAAGCGACCAGAGCAAAGAUGAAGAAAGUGCGGGUACGGUGAUUACAGAGGUUCCAGAGAAUGGGCCCAUCACCAAUUCUGAAUCCACACAAUCAGUUUCCUCGUCAACCGACCCACAGAUUGGUUCUCAAGAUGCGCAACCGGAUCCCGAGCCUGAAUCUAACCCCGAAUACACUCACACUUUGGAACCCCCUACCCAUAAAUUCCCAGUGUUUGAAAUCGACGAGUCUAUUGACCCAUUGACAGUCGACCCCGAGAUCAACGCGGUUAUUCAUUUGAAGGAUAUCGAUACCCAGUCCUUCCAAUUCGAUGUCGAUUUAGAUUCUUCGUCUAAUUCUUCUUUCCACUCCCUUAACGACGACUCUGAUGAUACGAGCAACCAGAUGAACCAGUCUAAUUUUAGCAACGAUACCAAUGAUACCAGCUUUCAGAUCUCUGAAUUAUCUCAUAAACCAAGCAUGUGGUCUCUUCGAUCCCACAAGGAACCCAAGCAUAGUAAGCAUCACGAGUCCAAAACUACCCGCAAAAAACCAACCAGUAAAUUGGCCCAAACGGCGACAAGGAAAAGAAGCUCGACCAUUCUUUCAAGAGUCGAGUCUCGUCUUGACUCCAAGUCGGAGCCCAGAUCAUCCUGUGACACUUUAUCACUGAUGGAAAAGCGGAGGAGCUUGGCCAAGGUCUUCAAAAAUGAAGGGAUCAAGUUUCCCUUGAAGCUUAAAUCCAAGAGUAUUUACUAA